AGAGAGAGAGAGAGAGAGAGAGAGAGAGAGAGACGAGCCAACCCCUUGUGCUCUGCUUAGAGCUUGGCCGGAGGAUGGCGCCCCCAGAAGUAUCAUCCGGUGAAUCGGAAGAUAGUUUCCGAGUCGCGCUAGACAUCGAUGAUAUCCCGGUGGUGCACCAAAAGCCACGUCGAGAGUCGCGGUCGCCAUCGACAGAUUCGCCCGUUUCAGACGCUGAAGAGAAUGAUUCUGCCGCAGCAAGGCGGAAGAAGGAGAAGAAGCGGAGGAGGGAGGAGAAGGAGCAGAAGGAGAUAGACAAGAAGAGAGAGAGGAGGAGGAGGAGGAAGGAGAAAGAGAGAGAGGAGAGGGAGAGAGAGGAGGAGAGGAGGAAGAAAGGGAAGCGAUCCUAGCUAGUAGCUCAUGCAGCUGUCUUGCAUCCUUUGUAUCAGGUCUCGUAGACUUCAACUUGGUGCCCCAUGCGCACUCGUUUGUAUCAGGUCGUAGAGUUCAACUUGGUGCCCCAUGCACACUCGUUUGUAUCAGGUCGUAGAGUUCAACUUUGUGCCCCCAUGGACACUCGUUUGCAUCAUGUUCAUGUAGACUUUAACUUGGUGCUAUCUUGUAACCCUAAGGAAUUGUUUGGUUCAUGUGCUAUUUCAUUUAUUUCCUACCAAUGAGGAUACCAGUUUA